GGUCAGAUGCUGCCGCAAGGUUGCACGUGCAAUUCGUCUCGCUUAAAUCAAGAUGGCAGCCUCCUUGUUUCGAUGUUAUUUGCUGGUCGGCAAGCAUCGUUUGGCCUUCUGUUCCCGGCCUCUGGUGCCCUUAACUUGGAGAGGAGAUGCUGACAGGUUACCAAGGAGUCCAGCAGCAGCACUGCAGGUACGGUAUGCCUCAGGUCGUAAAGGUUUCCUGGGAGAGUUUGUGGACAACCUUCGUCAGGAGUUCAGUAAGAAUCAAGAGAUGAAGGAGAACAUCAAGAGGUUUCGAGAAGAGGCCAAGAGGCUGGAGGAGUCUGAUGCACUCCAACAAGCACGGAGGAAAUAUAAAUCUAUAGAGGCUGAAACGGUGAAGACAUCGGAAGUUUUUAAAAAGACAUUGGGCUCUUUGUCCGAAACCAUGAAGGAGAGCAUUGAGGAGGUGAGUCGUACGGACAUUGGGAAGAAAAUCAAGGAAAGUGUGGAGGAAGCGGCCCGCAGCGCCAUGCACUCUGCUGAGACUGUUUCAAAGGGAGGAGAACGACUGGGCAAGACCAGCGCCUUCCAAGCUAUUUCACAGAGUGUUGAGUCCAUGAAGAAGGAAAUGGAUGUUAAUGAUGCGGGACCUUACAGAGCUCCCCCACAGCUGAGGAAAAGGAGUGAUUUUUCCUCAAAGGGAGCAGAUGGUGACACCAGAGUAUUUGAAGCCAAUGAGGAAGCUUUAGGUGUUGUUCUUCACAAGGACUCAAAAUGGUACCAGCAGUGGAAGGAUUUCAAAGACAAUAACAUGGUUUUCAACAGGUUCUUUGAGAUGAAAAUGAAAUAUGAUGAAAGUGAUAACGUCCUGGUCAGAGCAUCCAGAGCUGUGACUGACAAAGUUACCACCGUCCUAGGUGGUCUUUUCUCCAAGACGGAGAUGUCUGAGGUGCUGACGGAGAUUGUGAAGGCGGAUCCUAAAUUUGACAAGGACUCUUUUCUCAAACAGUGUGAGAAAGAUAUCAUCCCAAACAUAUUGGAGGCUAUGAUUCGUGGAGAGCUGGAUGUAUUGAAAGACUGGUGCUAUGAAGCGACAUACAGUCAGCUGGCCCAUCCAAUCCAACAAGCUAGAGCUUUGGGGUUGCUGUUCCAGUCCAAAAUCCUUGAUAUUGACAACAUUGAUUUGGCAAUGGGGAAGAUGAUGGACCAGGGCCCAGUUCUAAUCAUCACCUUCCAGGCCCAAGUUGUCAUGGUUUUACGUAGUCCCAAAGGAGACAUUGUGGAAGGGGAUCCAGAGAAGGUAUUAAGGACAAUGUAUGUUUGGGCGCUUUGUCGCGACCAGGAGGAGCUGAACCCCAACGCGGCGUGGAGACUCCUUGACAUCUCCGCAUCCAGCACUGAACAGGCUCUCUAGUAAGGAAAACAUCAGUGAAAAGACUUGAACUGGAAAUUAUAAUGCAGUAACGGAAUGGGAGAGCCUGGAAUACUCACUGAACGUGGACUCAUCCAGGUGGAAUUUUGUGUAUUUGCACACCAUUUCUCCAUUGCCGUCACCAUGAAGAUGCUUAAUGUGAAGGUUUGUAAAAACAGAUGACCGACUAAGUCUUCAAAUCAUUAAAAAACAAAAAACAGCUGAUAGCAUAGUAGAUCACAUCUCAUGAUGCACUCAUACACUAGCCAGGUAAGGACUAAACUGCUCGCUUGAUCAGUUCAACUGUGCUGCAAACAUAUUUAUUUGUGAGACAAAAAUGUAUACCGGCAGCAAAUGAUCAUGUUUAGUGCAUUUGACGGUGAUGGACGUCCAAUCCAUUUUGACUUGGAGGGCUUAGCAGGGCGCCUCCCAGUCAAAAUGAAUUGGACGUCUAUCGUCGUCAUUGGCACUGAAACAUGAUAAUUCCUAAAUAAAAAUGAAUCAAAUGUAAAUCUAUAGGACCAUUAUUGGAAUACAUGAUGAAUGCUCCUCUACUUACUGAGGAUCGUGUUGCACUUGCUGUUUUAUUGGCGUGUUUGUUCACUUGUUGAUUUUACAUGUUGAAUGUGUGAGUAGAUGAGUUUACCUCUUUAUUUUAUAAAUGGGGAUACUGUUACGUUUUGUGGACUGACUAGACCAGUGGUCUCAAACCGGUCCUCAAAGGGCCGCAGGGGGUACUGGAUUUCAUUCGAACCAAACGAGACAAAUACCUUUUCACCAAUCUGGUUUCUUACAAGUGUAAUCAGUUGAUUGCAAUCAGGUGCUGCUUAUGUUAGUAGAAACCUCAUUGGUUGAACUGUUUGUGCUGGAUCUGUUGGAACAAAAACCAGGACCCACUGCGGCCCUUUGUGGAGUCGGUUUGAGACCGCUGGACUAGACUAUGACUGCAGUGUAACAUUUAUUACUGUAUUUUAACCCCAUGCUUGUAAUGUGCAGCUUUCUCUUUCAGUGCAAGUUUGUUUUGAAAGCCUUGAACAUGUACAGUAUUAUAUAGCGUGUAUCCAAUCUGCUGAUGUGCACGAUUACAGUUAAAGUAAAUAGUGAUCAAAUUUGUGUCGCCCAAACUAGUAUGUUUUUAAUGUAUACCAUUACAAGCUCAUUUGAGCCAAUGUUUUUAUGUCCACUAGAGACCAUUAAACUGCGCCCCGUGUGUAGAACUGCGCGGCAUUUGCUUUUCUCAUUUUGACACUGACGUGCAUGAUAAAUGUCCAUGAAUCCAGCUGUUGAUAAACCUAUGGAUUUACUGUGUAGUCCUGUAUAGGGAUGAUAGAUAAGGCUGUAAAUGACAUGUGCCAGUCGAUUCACACAUAGGGCAAAUAUAUAUGGCAGCUUAUCACACAGUUGUCAGUUAUGAUGAACAGCUACCCCCACUAGCUUCUCCUCACGAAGUGUUUUUGCGCUUCCAGCUGCAAUUCCAUAGAAAAAUGCAGCGUUUUGUAAUGUAUGUAUUUUGUAAGAAUGCUUAGAAACAAAAAGCAUCCCACAUAUGUUAGGGCUGGGCAAUAUGGCCUUAAGUACUUAUCACAGUAAAUUGAGCAGAUUUACCUCAAUAAUGAUAACGAUAAAUUCACCCAAGCGGACUGUUCUAUAAUUUAAAAAUCUAAAUCAAUGCAUGAAAUAUAAAUUAACCGUUUCUUGUUGAUUGAUUUACCAGCUUUCAAUUUAACAAUUGUACAUGCAGUCUAAACAUUAAUUUAUAUAAUUUCUUGUAAACAAUAAGAAUUCAAGUAUGAACAUUUAUAAUAACUUGUGCUUUAUGCUGAAUGCUUUAGCAUCAUAAACGCUAUCAGAGAAAUCACAAAGAUACAAAAUAACGCGACAUACUAAUUGCUAGAUGCAGUCCGUGCCCAAUCCACUCACUCAAGUUCAGCUGUUUGGACGUUCGCCGUUACUCCAUAACCUUCAUUUGUAGCUUGAGCUGCUAGCGUUAACCUGUGGCCUGGCUGCAAGUAGAAAGCACUGGAUGCCGCCAAAAGUCUACUUAAUGUGGGGUGAAAGUUUGGCGAAGCUCCCUUAAGCCACAUUCCAUCACGUUUACUUGUAGCGUUGGCCGCUAGCGUUAGCCUACCGGGCUUCUGUUUGUUUGACUUCCUGAUAAUGACUUCAUACGUAAGCACACUGAGUGCUUUCUUAAAGGGGAAUGAACAUAGCCAAACAACACACAGUCAUAGCUGGAUGAAAAGACUAUUUUCUUGUUUUAUUAAAUUACCAAAUUUACCAACAUGGUCAAAAUUACGUCGGUCAUCAUGAAGAAUUUCGGUAACUGUAAAUUUUCGGUAUACCGCCCGGCUCUACUGUAUGUUAUUGCUGCUUCCACAUUUUACACCCAAUUCACACUGUUCCAACUUAAAAAUGUUUCAAAAAUUAACAUGGCACAGGGAUGUAUUUUUUAUUAGCCCAAAAGUUCAUGGUUGCCCCAAAAACUUUGUCCCCCUCAAAAAAAGCCUAGUUAAUUUCCAAUAGCAUAAUAAACCUAACAUAUUUAUCUUGCUCAUUCAAUUCUCAUCGUUAGUCAUUAUUACUGUUGACUUUCAAGUUGAACCCAGGCACCCAUUGGCAAUAAAGUAAUCCCAAUCCAAAAAAAAAAAAAAAAAAAAAAAAUCCCUAUUGGCUCCCAUUGGUUGUCACCUCGGACACACACAAAAAAAAUCUUAAUUGGCACCCAUUGUCAUUCAACGAAGUCCCACAAAAAUCCUUGGUGGCUCCCAUUUACUCUCGCCUUGGCCAAGAUUCACCCGAAAAAAUCUCCAAUCGCACCCAAUGACAUCCAACUAAGUCCCACAAAGAAAUCCCAGUGGCUACCGUUGACUCUCACCUCAGACUCACAAAAAACAAAUCUCCAUUAGCGGUCCUGCCAAAAAAAAAAAAAAGAAGGAAAAUGAAACUACUCCAAUGGCACUUACUGACAUUCAACUAGAUCUCACAAAAAAUCAAAUCGGGACCCACACAAAGUAUCCACUCUCUCUCAUUCACAUUCAGCUAAGACCUGCAAAAAUGUUUAUAGUGUUACUUACAAAAAUUUGACCUAAAGUCACCAUCGCCAAUAAAGCUUUCCCCUGCAUUUUUUCCAGAAAUUCCAUUUUCUAGUGUAAACCGUGAGAGAACUGCAGUACAAUGUGAAGUAAGAGCUUCCAGCCCUGGAGGUGAUGUUCGUCAACCCUUAACUCCCAAGUAUUGUGACUUGAUGAACGAGGUUGGCUGAUCAAGCACAACUGAGAAAAGCUGCAGGCAGUGCUUUGUUGACUUAUUACGACAUGUUCUUCAGCCACAAUAGUGCUUGUACUCUAUUCAAGAUUUACAAACGCAUCCUAUUUGAUAUACCUCUUAAAGCCUAGGCGCUCGAGAAAGUGCUAACAUCACUUAUGUUAUGUAAGCAGAUGUUGCCCUCUUUUGCUCAUUUGGCCUCCGUUUCCAGAACAUUUUAAUUCAUUCCCUGCCAUUGACGACCAUAGAUGUCCAAUGCAUUUGAACUGGCAGGCAAUCUAUUGUGUUCAACAGCAACUGAUGAUAUAUAU